UAUAUUUCUAUUCAGUCUAUUCUGUCUGAUAGGAAAAAUUCUGAUAACUUGUCACAAAUUUGACCCAAAUGCCAAAGACCCUGAAUCGGGGGCAAUAAUCUAGGUAGUUUACAUUGAACCUGACCUUAUCCUAGUGGCAGAGGAAUAAGAAGUAUAAAGUACUCGGCUGUGUUCACCCGUUUCGGAAUGCUCCUAAUUAAGACCUAAAUGACCAGGUAAGGGAGUUCGUAACCAUUGACCUUAAUAAUACAUUUUAUCUAUCCUUUUUUUCAUUGAUCACUGGCUAGAUAUGAACUCCCUCUACAUGGUCAUGUAGGAUAGGUCUUGAUUAGAACACAUCCGAGUACUUGUACUUUGUACACCUCUGACUAGUAGUAAAAUUUAAUUUGUUACAUUUCCUUGAUUUAAUUUGUAAAUGUGUUGCUUGCUUUCCAAUGUUUCAAUAUGUUAUAGUGUAUACUGUAUUAGCUUCUGAAUCGAGGAAAAGAGCAAGUCAGUAUACCCCUACUAGUGGAUCUGGCACUUAUUCUGCCCAGAAACAUUGUGGCUCUAAAGACAUUGGCAUUGCGCCAAUAUGGCUUCCUUUCCGUGUAAACAACAACAGCAUCAAGUGAACGGCAUUUGAGUUUAGGCCUGUUACCUCGCAUAUUUUACUCCUCUUGGAAUUCGCAGAUAAUAUGCAACUAUAAACAGAUAUGUAACCUACAACGAUGUGCUGAAGGUGUGUAUGAUUAUCGUCCUUCAGACAGCUCAUCUUCUUCCUCCUCUCCGCUGGGUAGCUCAAUGGCCAUGUCCUCACAUCAGCCCACCAGUUCAGCCUCCAACAGUCCCACCAGCACCUUUGGUUCUCCUUUUUCAGUCAUCAGCCCCUCACUGGGUUCUCCCGGUGUGGCUCCCUCCAUGGGCUAUGGACCUAUUAGUAGUAACCAGAUCAACUCUUCAAUGUCAGUUUCGGGGAUGCACUCGAUCAGCAGCUCAGACGAUGUCAAGCCCCCAUUUGGCUUGAGGCCUAUGUCUGCACAUAGCCCUGGGAUAAUGCUCUCUCAGAAACGCAUGUGUGCCAUCUGUGGAGACCGCUCCUCUGGCAAGCACUACGGCGUGUACAGCUGUGAAGGUUGCAAGGGUUUUUUCAAACGCACGGUGCGCAAGGACCUGAGCUACACCUGCCGGGACAACAAGGAGUGUCUGGUGGACAAGCGCCAGCGCAACCGCUGCCAGUACUGCCGCUACCAGAAAUGCCUGGCUAUGGGCAUGAAGAGGGAAGUGGUCCAAGAUGAACGUCAGAAAUCAGUCCAGGAGGAGCGUCAGAGGAACCGGGAGCGAGAGGAGGGACUAGAGUGUAGCAGUGCUGUGAACGAGGAGAUGCCCGUGGAGAAGAUCUUGGAGGCCGAGACGUCCGUGGAGCAGAGAGCUGAGCUUCACUCGGAUGCUGGUUCUGCGGGCAGCUCUCCUCAUGACGCUGUGACAAACAUCUGCCAGACUGCGGACAAGCAGCUGUUUGCACUGGUCGAGUGGGCAAAAAGGAUCCCCCAUUUCUCUGAGCUGCCCCUGGAUGACCAGGUCAUCCUUCUGCGUGCAGGGUGGAACGAGCUUCUCAUCGCCUCCUUCUCCCACCGCUCCAUUGCUGUGAAGGACGGUGUCCUGCUAGCCUCUGAGCUGCAUCGAGACAACAUGCACAGUGCAGGGGUGGCGGCCAUCUUUGACCGGGAGAGUGUGCAGAGUGCUGAGGUGGGAGCAAUUUUCGACAGGGUUCUCACUGAGCUGGUCAGCAAGAUGAGGGACAUGCAAAUGGACAAGACCGAGCUGGGCUGCCUCCGAGCCAUCGUCCUCUUCAACCCAGAUGCGAAAGGUCUGUCCAACACCGGGGAGGUGGAGCUGCUGAGGGAGAAGGUCUACGCCUCACUGGAAUCCUACUGCAAGCAGAAGUACCCUGAGCAGCAGGGAAGGUUUGCUAAGCUCCUUCUCCGGUUGCCAGCCCUGCGUUCUAUUGGCUUGAAGUGUCUGGAGCACCUGUUCUUUUUCAAGCUCAUUGGUGACACCCCUAUCGACACGUUCCUUAUGGAAAUGCUUGAAGCGCCUCAUCAGUUGGCGUAAAGGUGGGAUGAAUGGGGGAAGAGUGGAGGGGAUUGGAGGGGAGUUUUGUGGACGGGGUUGGGUGGCUUGGCUCGGGGAAUUUGCUGGAGUGGGACUGCACUUUUAGUUCUUUUGGGAAAUUCCGCAAUUUGUCUCACUGCUGUCUGGGUUAUGCUUUUUGGGGCACCACUGAAUUUUCUCGUUAAGAACAUACAUACCCAAGACUUGCCAUGAUCUACAGGUUGGUGCUAUAUAUUAAUAUAACUUCAUGAAUAACUGAGCUAAGGAAAUAAAUAAAUACAAGUAUUUUUAAAAAUUGGAACCUUUAGUUCCCUUACUCUGGCUUAUCGAAGCUCAAAUUUGGGUACACCUUUUUAUAUAAACAUGUUAAUGCUUUGUAGACCAACCCCGAAUAAUAAUGUACAUGUCCCUCCCUGUGGGGUCCCAGUAACAUGUUUUUAAACUGAAGGGAACCUGGGAAAGGGCGUGAUGGAACAAGGCUGCAAUUUGACCUUUUUAUCAUUCGUAAUUCGAAAAGCCUUUUUGAAGAAAAAAAAAGAGACAUUAGAUUGUCAAAUCUUGGGAAAGUACGUUACUGUACUGAGAACUGUUUGUCCCGCGUGUCUGGCGUCUAGUUGUGGUGUUUUUGUAUCUCCGAUGAUCAGAAAGCAACGCGUUAACACAAAGACAAAUCGAUUAGAUGAAUCAUAACCGGACAUGGGCAGACUUGUACUGACUGUGUUGAGUAUGGACUAGCUUUAUUUGUCUAGCAAUAUGCUGUUAGCGUUGUUUAUCUCAGCUGUCUUGUGAAUUGUAAUCACUUUGCAGGUUAAAAGAUCAAGCUGCAUAGCACACUUGCUUUUUACAAUUUUAAACCAUACUAUACUAGUCAUCAAAUGUCUGGCCAGCAAACGGUUGUGUUUCUACUUUUGGUGCUAUACAACAGACAUUUACCAUUAUUCAUUGCAGCCAUACACCAAACUGCACACAUAGGGGAAAUUAUGCAAGGAAACAAAAAAAAAAAAAACCUGUACUUUUGUAAAUGUAGCAAUACAAAAUGAAUACGUAUGCUCUCUUUCUGCUUGUCAACCUUUCUGUUCUGGGGUUUUUAUAAAGUUAAUCAUUGUCUGUUGGAAAGGGAAUACUCCAAAAUGUAAUUUAUCUAAACAAUUGUACGGUACUGUGCAAAGAUAAUUGUUCAGGGAAAAAACUAUAUAUUGAUAGGUUUGAAUAAUGAGAUCAGGAGACAAACAAAUGAUGUAAUAAUUGAUAUGUAUGUGCCCUCUAUUAGUUCUCAAUUGUAAAGAACAGAUAAUGUCUUAGGAUGCACUGGAUUCCCUAAGAGUCACAUUCAGCUAAAUCUUUUCCAUCUUGUUUUAGGCAUUUUUGGUGCUUUCUUUCAUAGCUGUGUUUCCUGUUUUGUAGCUAGUUGAUGUUCAUCCUCUCCUUUGUCCCUGCUUACGGUUAAUUUAAAACACCAGACCGUAAUCACAUUUAAAGAUAUCACUUGUGGGCAUAGAAAUAUUAAACAAGACCAAAUAUGAGUUUUGUAUGAUGAUCGUGUGUAAACACCAGAACAAGUGUAUUGGUUUAUGUGUCAUUAACCUGCAUAAUCUCUGAAGCCGUUCAAGAUCCGUGCAGAUGAGUGUUUUGCAGCAUAGCUAGUGUGGACUGAAAAUAAAGAGGUUUAACUUUU